AUGGCUGACGCUUCAGCGGAGCUCAAUGAGCUCUUUGCGGCCUCCUUCCCAGAAGGUCUGCCUAAAGAUGUUCUCGCGGAGCUUCAAUCCAUCCUACGAGUACACUCGAUCUCCGCGGAAGAGCUCUUCUACAAAUGGGAGUCCUACAGUAUGAAGAUGGGAGAAGAUACAAAGUUGAAUCUUGAUACCGUUCGGGGGUUCAAGAAGGAUGUUCAAGAGGCUCUCGAGCGUGAGAGUCGCGCCAAAUCUGGUCGACAGGCAGACAGGAGGACCGCAGCUGUUGGAACCCCGCGUGCGGCAGCAGGCACUGAUAUGUUCGGAAUGCUGGACGGAUUAACACCCGGUUCUGCGAAUGGCCGGCCCUUGAACGGAGGCUCUGUGAAGCGCAAGUCCAACUUUUCAUCACCCGCUGCGCCAAAAUUCGGACGAGUCGAGAGCAAUGGAUCGCCAAUGGGAGCCAAAACAACCAGUUCUACGAUCAAUGGCGCUACCAGCGGCACACAAUCCGUCGCAUUCGCUGACCGUUCAAACGCCGGCCAAACAAUAGAAACGCUGAAUUCGCAUCUUUCGGCACCAGUUACGCCAAUGGCCCCGUUCUCCGAGGCGCGGAUCAAACCUACCGCCAAUACAGAUUUGAAGAAGUUCGGAUACAAGCCUAUGGGAAUGCGCCUCUCCGAGGCAUCGGAGAUCUUGGAUGACCGGAUUGACGAAUUUGCCGCCAUUUAUCAAAAACACUACGACUCUGAGGAGCUCACAUUUGGCAGUGCGGCCACCCAAAGUACAUCCGAAAUCAUUGCUGUAGGUCGGAUUGCAUCGGACUCCCUUGAGGGGAAACUGAACCCGGCGUCUUUGGUGCUUGAAACUUCGCGCAGGACUGGAGCUGGCAGGCGUGUUCCCCUCAAAGUCGAUUCCGUACCUGGAUUAAAUUUCAUCCCGGGCCAGAUUGUUGCUCUUCGUGGAAUCAACCCUUCUGGAGAUUACUUCACGGUGAAAGAGAUUCUUCCGAUUCCUCUCUUGCCACCUGCCGCAUCUCCAGCAGUUGCUCUCGAAAAUAUUAACGAGCGCCUCGAGAACGGAGAUGCCAAUCCUCCCCUCAAUGUUAUGGUAGCGGCUGGUCCGUACACAGCAGACGAUAAUCUGGAUUUCGAACCGCUACAAGAACUCUGUCAAAAGGCCGCUGACGGUUACGCUGACAGUCUCGUCCUAAUGGGUCCAUUUCUGGAUAUCGAACACCCUCUAAUUGCCUCCGGGGACAUUGAGUUGCCCGAAAUCAAGGGUCUUGACCCCGACACUGCUACGCUCACUACGGUCUUCCGGCAUCUCAUUUCAGCGCCCCUGGCACGCCUUGCGGCUGCAGUACCCAGCAUUACCAUUGUACUGGUUCCGUCCGUUCGGGAUGCACUGAGCCGACACGUUUCAUGGCCUCAGGAACAACUCCUAAAAAAGGAACUCGGUCUGCCAAAGCAAGUCCGAAUGGUCUCCAACCCUGUCACACUAUCAUUCAACGAGACUGUCUUCGGCAUGUGCUCACAUGAUGUCCUCUCUGAUUUGCGCCGCGAGGAGGUUCUCCAUGGCCGACCCGCUGAGGGCAACCUACUGACUCGAUUGCCCAAGUACCUUGUUGAACAACGACACUUCUCCCCUCUGUUCCCACCAUCCGGCCGUGCAAGUCUUUCAAAGCCAAGUACCGAGGGUGCCCUUGCCACAGGUGCUAUGCUGGAUUUGCCCUAUAUGAAGCUUGGAGAGUGGUGGAAUGUCCGGCCUGACAUCCUGCUUGUUCCCAGCAUGCUGCCGCCCUUUGUCAAGGUGGUGGAUAGUGUCCUCGUCAUAAACCCUGGCACUUUGUCCAAGCGCCGCGGCGCCGGCUCCUACGCCCAGCUAGCAGUCCACCCACGAGUGAUAUCCGACGAAGAGCGUGAGCAGAAGCAACUCGAUCACAAGCUAUACGAGCGAGCUCGAGUAGACAUCAACAGAAUUUAA